AUGGAUGGAAAUAAUUCAAUAACAAAUGCAAUGAAUGCGCUAAAUUCAAUUGAUCCCUCUCAAAUGAUGGCUGAUGGUACAGAUAUGUUAAUGAAUCAAGCGCAAGAAUUUAUAGAGCCAAUUGCAGAGGAAGGAGAGAAACUAAUUAACCAAGCGCAAGAAGCUAUUGAGAAAGGAGCUGCAGCCCUUGAUGCUGUUAUAAACUCAAAUCCAUUUGAGGACAAAACAGAAGAUUCUUCUGACACAAAAGAAAACUCCGAAGAUACUACCGAAGAUGCCAAAGAAGCAAGUGAGGACGAAACAAAUGAGAAAAAUGACGAUGAAACAGCCGAUGAAGAGGAAAAAGAAGCUGAUGAAAACGAAUCCCCAGAGGCCACAGAAAACGAAGAUACAGAAAAUGCAGACGACAAAGAUACUGAGGAAAUUGCUGAUGCCUCGGAAGAUACAAAGGACAGUACAGAAAAUGUGCCGGACACUGCAGACGCAGAAAAUAGUGAUGAUAAUGUAGAAAAAGAAGAAAGCGCUGAAGAAAAGGAAGAAACUACAGAAGCGGAGGUAAAUGAAGAAACUGAAGACAGUGAGGCAAAAGAAGAAAAUUCAGAGCAAGAGAAGGCAGAUGACGAGGAAAAUGAAACUGAAGAGGCCGAAGCAAAUGAUGAAGCAACAAAUGAAAAUAAAGAUGAAGAUGCCCAAGACGAUUUAGAAGAGAACGAAGAAUCAAAUGAUGAGCCGUCGGGCACGACGGAUGAAACGCAGGAGGAAAAUAUGGAUGAGUAAGAAAACUAACUUUGUAUAAACUCAUGUACAUGAAUAAAUACCAAAGAACUACGGAGGAGUUUUGCCAAUUUCUACACGCAAAAGUGUGGGUAAACAAAUAAUUGCAUCGAAACUUUUCCGACGUUGAAGUUUAACAGUUAAAGAACUUAUUA